CGCAGAGGGACAUAUUACACAUGACUCCGUGUCUGCACAUCUUUUAACAUUCAGGGUAUGACCUGGAUAACGUCUUAAUUCGCCACCCUCUGCAUGCCUCAUUCUCUAUUUAAGAUGAAUCCGAGUCAUCCACCCUGCUCGAUGUUUACAAACAGAUGCAUGUGAUGUGCUUAGAUUAUUUUCACCGCCCUGUCAUCUCCAUUUAUUUUCCAUCCACGGUGAGACAAAAACCGGCGAAUCCCCGAAAUCGGCUCCUAAGGGAUGUUUUCCUCGCCUUCUCUGUCUCCGCGUCUUUUCUUUCGCCCUCGUCCACACUGACAGCAAAGGUCUUUCCUGGUACCUCUUCUCGUCGCCGAAAGGGUGACUUACAUUGCAUCGACUUGCUUAUCGUGCGCUACCGGUCGCUUUACAGUUUCCUUUCUAGAGAAGAAAAUACCGACAAAAAAGGUAAAAAAAAAGAGACUUUCUUCAAGUGUAUUGUGAAAUAAGAUCAGGAAUGUUCCCUCUACUGCUGCUCUGUGCCAUCUGUUCCCUGACGUCCCCUUCUGUACCCGACCGGGAAUCUGAUAAUUCCAGACUCCUGAAGGUGACCAUUAGCAAGAGUCCACCUGUGUCGGCCAUCUUGGGGAGCUCAAUUACUCUGACGUGCUUAGUGUCAUUAGCAGAGACACCCAUUGCCUUUGGCCGCCAAGGCGUCCUCACCCUGCCCUUGGUCAAGUGGAGCGUGCUGUCAUCCGGCCUGGAGACAGAGAUUCUGGUGGCCCGGGGGGGCAGGGUGAAGGUCAGCGGAGUCUACAAAGGUCAUGCCUCAUUGCCGGGUUACUUCUCUUCAUCCACCAACGUCACCCUGAGGCUGGAAGGCUUGCGGUACAACGACUCGGGUCUCUACCGCUGCAUGGCUCAGCAGGGCCUGGAGGACUCCUACGACCAAGUGCCUGUCAAGGUCAAAGGAGUGGUCUUUCAUUACCGGCAUGCUUCUGGCCUCUACGCCUUCUCAUUUCGGGAGGCCCAGACCGCGUGCGAGGAUAUUGGAGCCCGAAUGGCCACCCCAGCCCAGUUCCUAGCAGGCUAUCGAGGCAGCCCUGAGCCGUGUACUGCAGGCUGGCUCUCCGAUCAGACUGUCCGAUAUCCUACUCAGUCCCCUGAAGAUGGUUGUUUUGGAGACAAGGAAAAGGAACGAGGAAUGUGGAAUUACACAGUGAGGGAUCCCUCGGAGCUUUGGGAUGUGUACUGCUACGUGGAGGACAUCACUGGAAAAAUCCUCUACAGCUGCACUCCUCAGCACCUUACCUUCAAAGAAGCCGAAGAAUACUGUCAGGCAGGCGGGGCUACACUGGCUACCCUGGCUCAGGUCUAUGCAGCCUGGAACGAUGGUCUCCACCACUGUAGUCCUGGCUGGCUUGCAGAUGGCAGUGUACGAUACCCGGUAGGGGACUCAAGAGAAAGCUGUAGAGGUUCCACACCUGGCGUCAAGACUAUCUACCGUUUUAGCAACCAGACCAACUUCCCUGAGCCACACAGCCUGCACAGUGUCUACUGUUUCCAAGGCCUAAGGAGUCACCCGAUUGAUGAUUCGAGGGAGUGCAUGGACACUAAGCCAGAGAAGACAAAUCAAGGGACAAUGGCAACGAUGGGUCCCCUGCAGGAGAUCGUCUUGGGUCAGAAGAAUGAGCUAAACGGGGGUGGUCAUGUUGGUGGACAGGUAGACGACCAAGGAACAAUGAUGAAUUUGCACACCGUAACUUCUCUAGUGGACACAUCUUCCCCCACCGACUCCCAGAACCUUGGUACCCCUGCACCGGAGUCCAAAGAUGCCAAAGCUCUUAUGAAAGGAGCCAUUAACUCUGAAAACUAUGAGCCCUUGGCUGAGACAAAUCUGAAAGUUCUUACACCUAUAUCACCCGAAAUGCUCAUCGGUAACUCGAAACGUUAUCAAAAAAUGAAGCUGGAAUCUAGUGAUCCAAUACCUUUAUCUGAAAUGUCUGCUAACUCCAAACAUAAUCUACGUAUUCCUCAGACGGAUCUUGAAUAUGGUGGUAUUAAGACCCCUAAUCAAAUGACUGGUGAUAGGUCAAAGCAUUAUCAGGAUAUGCCUGAGACAAAUCUGGAAUCUGGUGAUCUUGCACUUCUAUCUGAAAUGACUGCUGGUGACACCACACAUUAUCAGCAUGUUUCUCAGACAAAUUUAGAAUACAGUAGUAUUGUAUCCUUUAAUAACAUGACUGGUGUUGGCUCCAAACAUCAUCAGGAUAUGCCUGAGACAAAUCUGGAGUCAGGUGAUCUUGCACUUCUAUCUGAAAUGACUGCUGGUGACUCCAUUCAUCUACCCAUGCCUCAGACAAAUCUGGGCUCUGAUAAUCCGAUAACAUCAUCUUCGGUUCCUGGUGACAACACUGAACUUUAUAAGAUUCUGUCUAAAACAAAUCAAUCCGUAGGAGGUACAGAUUUUGAACAUUCAGGUGAUAGUUCCAGCCCCAGUGAUAAGACUUCAGAGGCACGUGUUGAAGGGAAGACAGUCACACCUAGUUUUACCCAAGCUGAAAUCACUCAUGGACAGCAAGAAACAAGCUUACUGUCUGGCAGCCCAAAGCCAUUUUUUGACAUCUCUAACGAAGAUAUGAAAUAUGAAGAGGCAAUGUUAGGAGAAUUUAAUGAAACCUCUGGGACUGCCAAAUCUUACGAAGAUAUGAACGUAAAUUCUGGGCCAUAUGUACAGUUCUCUGAUUUGGUGUCUACCACAGUGGACUCUCCACCAGAGGGCACUAGAGAGCAACUUGCCAGCUUCUCUCCUGCCGAAUCAGCAGUGACUCGGGAUAAGGUUAAAGCUGAGUAUAGAGAGGACAAUAUCUCAGCCCGAGUGGAAUUCAGGAACAUUGGCACUUUGCCAACUCAGAAGACAGAAUCGUUUGUCACUCUGGACUAUGUCCCGACGUCUAAAUCUGGUGGGUCAUCUGUAUUUUCUCCAGGGACUGACUUUGCACAGGAACAGUCUGGUGCUUCAUUGCCAGAUUCCUCUUCUCCAGUGAAGCAGGCGGGUCAGGACGCUGCGGAUGGACCUGUGGAUAUACCCACUGGGUCAGGCGAUUCUGAGUGGACUUUUCUUGACAGCUUUGAUCCAGUCAUAUCUUCCCACCAAAGUCAAUCUGCUGACAUCGUUGCAGGUGCAGAAUCCAGACAGAAACCGCUUGGCAUUAUGUGGACAGACUCAUCUGCUCCGAAGGACGACGUGGAGACAUCAGGACAUGCAGCAAUAGAACCGUCCACUGGCUACACUGACCUUGGAGGUGGCUGCUUCAGGAAUCCUUGUGCCAAUGGAGGCACAUGCGUAGAGGAGGGGGCCUCUGCAAAGUGUCUCUGCCUGCCGACCUAUUGGGGGCAGCUCUGUCAGACUGAUCUAGCUCCAUGUGAUGCAGACUGGCAGAAGUUCCAGGGCUUCUGCUACAGACACUUCAGCAACCAGCAGGCCUGGGAGGAGGCGGAGCAGCACUGCCGGACGCACGGAGGCCACCUGGCGUCCGUCUGGACCCCGGAGGAGCAGGACUUCAUCUACAAUAACUACAGGGACUAUCAGUGGAUAGGACUCAAUGACAAAACCAUAGAAGGGGAUUUUCACUGGUCUGAUGGAAGCCCCUUGCUGUAUGAGAACUGGUACAAUGGGCAACCAGACAGCUACUUCCUGUCUGGAGAGGACUGUGGAGUGAUGAUGUGGAAUGAUGGAGGGCGAUGGAGCGAUGUACCCUGCAACUACCAUCUCCCCUACGUCUGCAAAAAGGGUACUGCCUUCUGCGGCGAGCCCCCCACUCUCCCUAACACACAGGUGUUUAGCCAGGGACAUCUGCAUUAUGAGGUCAGUUCCAUGGUCCGCUACUACUGCGUUGACGGCUACCUGCCAAGGCAUAAUCCCGUCAUCAAGUGUCUGCCCAAUGGCCAGUGGGAGGAGCCUCAGUUCAUGUGUGUCCCAGUGAACUCAGCAGAAGACAACCAGACCACAGAGUCUCCUUUUAAACAUAGAAUCAUUGUGGAGGAUACAACUACAAAGAAGGCUGCACCAGAGUUUCGGGACAUAAACUGGAACAUCUAGACCUCAUCUAUAAGCGCUACUUUGAAUCCAUUCCUUUCCAUCGUUUGUCUCAGACAAGUUUAAGACUCUUUUCUAAGCUUCCUAGUUGUGAUCUGAUGUUCAGAAUGGAUCUAAAUAAUGUUAUUACCUGUAGCUGAACACAGAAGAGUGUUUGCAAAUUUUGUUAGCUGGUCCCAAUGUGCUUUGCAUGUAGAUCUUCACCUAGUCUGUUCCAGUGUGUUCAGUUCUUGACAGUAUUGAUACUUAUGAGCACAAUGUAUUUUUGCUAGACUGCACAGUAUAUUAUAAUUUAGGAGCACAAUUAUAUUCUCUAUAGGAUGCAAGGUUUUUAUCAUCCAGAUUGUUUAGAAUUCUAUUUUUUGAUUCAGUUUGGAUGAUGAUGAACGCCUACUAUCAUGAGCCCCUAUUAUUUUAAAACAAUGACAUCCAGAAUCAUCAAAAUCCUUUUGUAAAUUAACAGUUCUAUAAUGACUAUAUAAAAAUGAGUGUUUGCUUAGUA